AUGGAAGCCGAUUAUACGGCUCAUGUUCGAAAAUGCCAUCAAUGCCAAGGCCAUGGAGAUCUGAAGCACAUGCCACCCAUGCCACUACAUACCAUGACAUCACCUUGGCCAUUCUCUACAUGGGGGAUAGACAUUAUUGGGAAGAUUCACACAACAGCAUCCAAUGGCCAUGAAUUCAUACUCGUAGCCAUUGAUUACUUCACUAAAUGGGUAGAAGCUACCUCAUACAAGGGAGAAACAGAGAAGUUGCUACAACAGUUCAAUAUUCAGCACCACAAGUCUUCACCUUACCGUCCUCAAACUGAUGGAGUAGUUGAGACUGCUAACAAGAAUAUAGGACGAAUUUUGAAGAGGAGCACGAAGAACUACAAGGACUGGCACCUACAAUUUCCCUAUGCACUCUAG